AUGAAUUCUUUAAUUUUCUUGGUGACAAUAAUUCAUUUUGUUUUUGCUAUUAAUAAAAAUCCUGGUCAUUUAAAACCAUUUGGUUCAGUUGGAUCUUUAAUUAAUAUCAAAGAAUUAGAUCAAGAAUAUCCAACAGUAGUAAAACUUUUUACAUAUUAUUUACCUAAAUCAGAACCAAUUCUUUCUCGUCAAAUAUUAAUUAAUGAUGAUCAUUAUUCAAUAUGGGAAACAGAUAAAAAACUUGAAAAUGAUGUUUAUGGAUUAUCAAAUACAAAUAUUCAAGUUGAAUCAUUUAAAUCAAAACAAAGACAAAGAAUUCAAAUGACGUUUGGAGAAUUUUUAGAUCGAUAUGAAAAAGAACCAUUAUUAUUUGCACAGAAUAUACCGACCGUUCUUCAAAAAUAUCUUGUCGUUCCAAAACCUUUACAAUGUGAAAUUGUAUUAGAAUAUUUUCAAUCUGCAAUUCUAGUCAUAAAUGGUAUUAAUACAUCACCAUUAUUGUUUGGUGAAGAUCAUGAUCGUCUUCAUUGUAUUCUUCGUGGUAAUAAACGUAUUGUUCUUGUUAAUACACUGAAAUAUCCUAAUGUUCGUAAAACUAUUCUACCAGAAAAAGGACAACAACGUGGACCACCGAUUAAUCCAGACAAAGUUGACUUUGAUCAAUAUCCUGCAUUUACAAAUAUUGAUUAUCAUAUAGCUAAUCUAAAAUCCGGUGAUUGUUUAUUUAUUCCAAGUAAUUGGCUAUUUCAAGAACGUACAUUUGAAAAUACAAUAUCAAUUAUUUAUAAUAUAAAACAUCAACCAGCAUUAAAUAUUGAUGAAAAUCAAUUGAAAAAUUGUUCAACUUAUGAUACAACAUUUACACUUGAUCAAAUUGAUUGGUCAGUUGAACCUCAGACUUUCAGAGAUGUAAUAAUGAAUCUUGCUCAUUCAAAAGUAAAGGGAUUCGAUAAAUGGCAAGAAAUAUUUUCUAAACAUUUAUCAUACGAUUUGUCAUCAGAUCCAGAAGCAUCAGCUAUAUUUGAAGAGUUCUAUGGUAUUGUUGAUGUCGAUGGUGAUGGUGAAAUAACAACAACUGAAGUUGAACAAAUUAAUGGAGCACAUCAACAUCAUAUUACUGAUCUUCUUUAUGAAAUGGCAAAAGUUAUUAAUGCUAAACACAAAACAAGUACAUCUAAACCUACUGAUUCUGAAGAUAAUCAAUUAACGCCAAAUGAUAAAGAAAUUGAUGAACAUUUACAUUUACAAAAUUAUAAAACUGAUUUAUAG